GUGAAGGCAUAAUGAAUUCCCAAGUUUAUUUUUCUGGAUAAAUAUGUCAUCGGCGGUCGUACUCAUCUCCAGUCUCUCUUUAAUCUAUAAUAGAGAAGGCAUCAAUGCCAUUAUGUGAAAAGAGUGCUUCACUGAAAGUGUAGUUCUUGACAAGUAUUCACGCGAUAAUUCAUUGUUUAUUUCUGACAACCAUACCUUUACGCUGCUAUUAUAGUGGAGAAUUGUUCCUUCCUUUUACCUGCUUUAUCAUAUACCACACUUUCCACCUCCCGCAGCACACCAACCACCCGAUCCCUUUUUUGUGUCUCAAUCCUCAUGUCCGACAACACUAACAAUACACUGCGAAUCCUAAUCGCGACAGACAAUCAUGUCGGUUAUCUUGAAGAAGAUCAAAUCCGCGGCAAAGAUUCGUUCCAAUCAUUCGAAGAAGUCCUCAUUCUCGCCAAACACCACAAAGUCGACUUUAUAUUACUAGGCGGCGAUCUAUUCCACCACAGUCAACCGUCGCUCUAUUGUCUACGCCAUGUCAUUGGCUUGAUCCGUCAACAUUGUUUUGGCGACAAGCCUUGUGAAUUCAACAUUUGCAGUGACCAGAGUAUCAAUUUCCAAAGCCGGUUCCAACAAGGUGCCAACGUCUACGAUCCUAAUCUGAACGUCAGCAUUCCUAUUUUUACCAUCCACGGCAAUCACGACGAUCCUGUUGGAAACGGCAACUUGUCCGCCAUGGAUUUGCUGGCCAGUGCUGGCUGCGCUAAUUAUUUCGGUCGGUGCCAUGAUUUAAACGAUAUCAAGGUUUAUCCUAUUCUGAUGCAAAAGGGUGAGACCAAGCUGGCCUUGUAUGGAAUGGGUAACGUACGCGACGAACGAUUACACCACGCAUGGCGCGACGGAUCCGUAUCGUUUAUUCGACCCAGUAACGAGCACGGUGGACAGACAUGGCUCGAUGACGCGUUCAAUAUGUUUGUUCUGCACCAAAACCGCGUACGACACGGUCCUACGUCUUAUGUGCCUGAAGAAUUUCUAGACGAGUUUAUUGACUUGGUGUUGUGGGGUCAUGAACAUGAUUGUCGAAUCGAUCCAGAACCUAGUCAUGGGAAAUAUAUUUCCCAGCCUGGAUCAUCCGUCGCAACAAGUUUGGCCGAGGGCGAAGCUUUGCCCAAACACGUGGGUCUCUUGGAAAUUACAGGCAGGGAAUACUCGCUACAAAAAAUCCGAUUGACUACUGUACGACCCUUUCAAUAUACUGCUGUGUCCUUAUCCGAAGUCGCCGAGCUGAGAAACGCUACGCACGACAGCAAGGCAGUCCAGCGAUACCUGUUCUCUGUUGUAGAAGACUUGAUCCGUCGAGCACAAGAUGAAUGGGACGAACAGCAGGAUGACCUACGACUAGAGAACGAUAACAACAACGACAACAGCAAUCCAGAACUGCAAAGCCAACGAAAUCGACCCAUGCCAUUACCAUUGAUCCGUAUUCGAGUCGAAUAUGGUGGCGACUUUGAAGCAUUCAAUGUGGUGGUGUUUGGCAAGAAAUUCGUGUCACGCGUGGCCAAUCCGCGAGAUAUACUAAAGUUCCACCGACAACGCAGCGCUGGCGACGGUGCACGGCGACAAGCCCGACAACGAGCGACGGAAAUACUGAAUGAUCCAGAUGCAAGUGUGCCUGAAAGACUGGAUACGGUCCGUGUUGAAGCAUUGGUCGAUGAAAUACUGGGCAGGACGCUCGAAGUGCUUCCGGAAAAUGAGAUGCAGGAUGUGGUGCAGAAAUUGAUUGACAAGGAGGACAAGAAGGCUGUCUCAAGCUUUAUCCAACAAUCUGUGCAGCGCAUGAAGCGUAGCAUUGACGAUGAAAAUCAUAACACAAGUAUUGAAGACCUGUCGGACCAGUUUGUCAAGCGAAGAGCAACAGAACUCAAGGAGGAUCGAUUCAAUAACUAUGCUCGUGAACAAGCGUCCCGAAAUGCUCGACGAACCAGACGAAGCGAUAACAAUGAAGAUGACAGUCAUGGCGAGUAACGUUUUCAAAAAACGGGAAAACGAAGGAUAGCCCAAGGAAAAAGGACCGUUUUUUAUUGUUAUUGCUAUGUUGCAGUGCUUGUUUGGUGGAUCAAUAUGUAAAUAGUGUUUUUUGAUACUCAAUUAUUACAUGCACAGUCAUACACACACACACCCAAAAACCAGAAAAAUGCCAAUAUUAAAUUUUCUACUGCUUGCAGAAAAUAAGGGGUACAUGGUCUGGGCUCUCUGUGUAUGUGCGCCUGUUCAAUGUUUGUG